GAAAUGGUUAACCCGCCAUAUAAACUAUGGCUUCUUUUGGAAGAAGACCCAAGUCCAAUCAAGUUCGGGUUCACCCAGGACGACGUGGGCAUUGAAAAUCCGGACUUGAGCGAUCUCGCAGAAGUACUCUGUAAUAAAAAUGAGCGACUCAAAGAGCUCAAAGUUAGGCCAAACAAACUUGAAUUUUUCGGUGAAGCGUCGUCCGGCGAGUGCUGCGGCACGGCAGUGCGCAUGACGAGGGCGGUGACGAACCCCUUCGUCCCGGUAUCCUCGUCGAACAAUUGA